CGUAUUUAGAUGGAAGCGUUUAGCGUCAAGCGUCGAGCGUCAAAAACACGUGCGCAGCACCCUUGCGCAUAAUUCUGAACAGGCAGAUUCCAGCAUCUUGACGCUAAAACCGCUAAAACAAUGUCUAGUAACAAAAUUUUAAUAAAUACGGUAGAGAUGAUUUACUGACUGCUCCAGCGUUUCAACAAAUCACUAGGCACACUGCGCAUGUCACACUUUUUGACGCUUUAACGCUCGACGCUAAAACGCUCCCAUGUAAAGGCACCUUAAGGGGUACAUCAGGACAUGCGUCCGCUUCAGCGGACGCAUGGCCGCUCUCAGGUUUCUCUCUGGCGAAUGUGAAAUGAUAUAUAUGUAUAUAUAUAUAUAUAUAUAUAUAUGUACAUAUAUAUAAAUCAAUUGUGAAUUAAUAAUUUGGCAUUAUGGCAGAUCGUCUGACACAGUUACAAGAUACUAUAAAUCAGCAAGCGGAACACUUUUGUAACAGCGUUGGUAUUCUACAGCAGUAUUCUACACCUAGUAAAUUCUCUAAUCUUGAUCGCAAUGGCACUCCACAAUCACAUCAGCCUCAAGAAGAUUAUGCUGCUUUAUUUGCGAAUCUUAUUGCAAGAUGCGCAAAAGAUAUAGAUACAUUAAUAGAGAGUUUGCCAAGUGAAGAAUCAUCUCAGGAACUGCAAGUAGCCAGUCUUAGUCGACUUGAACAAGAGAAUCAACAGGCCGGUGAGCAAUUGGAAGAAGUAGUGAGACAAGGAGAAGCACUCCUUCAGCGAAUCCAAGCUGCUCUGCAAGACAUAGCGCAAAGUCAAUUAGAUAUGCAAAAUCCCACAUCUACCACCGUGAUAAACAUGAAUCUUAACAGUUGUAAUAUAAAGCAAGAAGCGUCUAUAAAUACUUCGAAUAAUACGCACCAACUAUCGGAUCCUUCACCUAAUUCAAUAAAUCAAUGACAUAUUUAUGAA